CCCGUGCUCUCCUAGUUACGGGAAAGCGUCGCUAAGGAGAGAAGGAUGUGUGUGCCACUGCUGGAAGUUGUCUGCAACAGAUCUUAGCGCCAUGCAAGUUUACCGGGAGAGCUUCUCUGUUGUUUCGACAAUGACUCUAUCGAUGUUUAACGUUAGUACUUUUCCGUUUUGGCGCUACUAGUUCAUUCAUCUCUCUUGGCAUGAGAGAUAAAGAAAGAUUAGUUAGCAUGCUAGCGAGCUAGCUACCAAACUCCAGCAUCCCAGCGACCACGCCUGUCGGUGGCAGUGUGGCUGCAGGUGUGUAGGCGGACAUGGGCAAACUACAGAGCAAGUUUCGCAAGCGAUCUGAACUCUACAGGGCCUCCCGGGCGGAUGAGGCAGAUAAACUCAAUGACAGUCAGGUGGUGCAGUAUGAACCAGCCCAUCAAGGAUCUAUCAACACUGUCACCAACCUCAGGCCAGAUUUGUGUGUAUCUGGAGGGAGUGACCAGGCUGUGGUGGUGUAUGACUGGAAACAAGGCCGGAUGUGCCAGUCGUUUCAGGGUCACAAUCGAGAGGUUACCAAGGUCCUGUGUUAUCCAGGCAGUACGUGGAUUUUUAGUGCAUCACGAGACAAGAGUGUUCUGAUGUGGGACCUAAACCAGGGGGAUGAACCCAUUCAGGAAUUUUGUGGACAUGAGCUAGUGGUCAAUGGACUAGCUCUCAGCCCUGAUGGCAGAAAGCUGUGCAGUGGUUCUCGUGACAACUGGAUGUGCCUGUGGGAUAUAGAAUCUGGAGAAUGUGAACACAGACAUAACAUCUGCAGAAAUCUGGUGACUCAUGUUUGCUGGGUGCCAGGGAGCUCUUCUAUAGUCCAGACAUCAGAAGAUAAAACCAUAAGGGUGUGGGACAGCCGUGCAUGGCAGGUGACCAACACUUUUCCAGCCAAGCAAUACAUCCAGACCCACUGUGAUGUUUCUUCAAACGGGCACUACCUGGUGUCCAGCAGCAACGGCUUCGGAGGCCAAGGCUGUGAGGCCACGCUCUGGGACCUGCGUCAGCCUGGCUGUAAGGUUGUGGAAUACAGAGGGCAUCUCCAGACUACAGCCUGCUGUAUGUUUUUGCCCACUCCUUCUGGUGGCACUGCCCGGGUGGCAACCUCCUCCCACGACAGCUCCGUCAGAAUCUGGGACCAGAACACAGCAGUCUGUUUAGGGACUUUGAGUCUGGAUGGUGCCGGUCCAUUGGUUUCUCUGGCUCCCAGCGACCCCACAAAUUUGCUGUGUGCCAGCUUCAACUCCGGCCUCCAUCAUAUCCAGAUAGGUCAGGGAUCGAGCCAGGCUCAUGGCUCUGGGGAAGGUUCAGGUGGACAAGGUGGAUUGGACCUUAAAGUGGUGGCACGUUUCUGAAAACGCCUGGUCUGGCCCAGACUCACCUUUGAACAACCAGUGGCACAGAAAGCCGUAGUAUCAAAGGAUUUGGACAUAAUGGCAAUGAUUUUCUUUUGUAUUUUAAUUUUUUGUUCCAAUUUAUAUAUUAUUGACAGCAUAUGGUAUACUGUAGUGAGACAGGACAAGAGAGGAAACGAGGGGAUGACGUGAUCUGCAUUUACGAUACACCUUUGCUCAACAGAGCCACCAUGCCCAUUAUGUGUGUCGUCACCAACAUUAUUGGCCCAUUGAUCGAUUUACCUUCAAAAUCAUCUUUGUACUGAGGAUUGCCAGCUUCCUGGACCAAACCGGCUGAACUGGGAUUCCCUCUCAGGUUUACAUUUAUACUUCUGGUAGGUGGAGCUGACUAGAGGCUUGAUGGUUGUAUUGCAUUGCUUCUGCUGAUGCUGCUGACUGCAGGUUACUGGGAGUCCUCAAGCUACGUAGUAGAAGUACUGAAAUUUGGACUUCAGGCUGUGCUUUUGGAAUAAAUGAUGAGGCUCCUUUCAUUACUUUAUAUACAUAUAACUGUGGUAGUUAAGAUCAAGGGUUCUAAACUUUUUCACCUCCAAACCUUCUCUGCAUUUGAAAACCAUCAUCUAAGCCUUCGGACAAGGCUGAUGAACACGAAGCCCACCUAUGUCAUAUGGGUGAAAAACGAAGAGUGAAUCGAUGCUUAGAGAAAAUGAAAGUCAUAUGCUUUCAUUUGUGGCCACAUCUGUCUGAUUUUGACAGAGAAUUGUAAGCCAAAUAGCAUUUUAUUUAUACUGAGUAUGAUGACCCCCUCAUUUAUAUGAAUUUGUUAGGUACAUCCUGGUAUUUAUGCAACUAUCAUGGCCACGUGUCACUGUAAUGACAUUAUCUUUACCUUUUCAUCAUCACAGCAGGGUAAUGGGGGGAAUAAUAUCCCAAAUGCAUCUCUUUGUUAAGUACUGAUUUUAGAAGAAAUAAAAUAAAAUAAAUUAAAAAGAAGCAUUAGGACUGGACAUGACCAUUCUGUUGGUUUAUCUCUCUCAGAUUAGAUGAGCUCUAUAACUAUGGAUCAUCAUGCAGACUAGCCAAUAAUGUCAAAUAAACUAACUGUUGAUUUGUACUAGCUUUAACCGUUCAAGCAGUAGAACAAUUAAAUAUGUAUACCACAGAACGUCAACACACUUUGUUUUUAGGUGAGUGAUCUUUUCACAUAUCAUUACCUUCAGAGUGCUAAAUGAAUUGUGGGUAUUCAGAGUUAAAAUUGAUAGAGGUCAUGUACUCUCGUUUGACUCAAAAUGCAUAUGCAAUGGAUAUUUAUCUGAAGGCAUCCGUUGGCUUGACACCUGACUUGUUGUAAGCAGAACUUACCAAAUGUACAUUGUUGAGAGCAGACAGGAAACUUAAUGAAAACACAGCAGCCUAGAGGUGAAACACAAGCAGAAAGAAAACCCAGUGAACUGUGACAUGUGGCUUUGGCAAUAAUGAUGCUGGGGAGUCCAAACUGAAACAUGGAAUUGAAGACUAAUUAUUUUCUUGAAACUAGAAUAACAUGGAACCAAAGAUAUUAUUUUGUGACGAUCAGACAUUUAUUUUGUGGAGAUUUGGUUUAGUUAAAUUUGGGAUCAUUUACUCUAAGUGACCUCACAACCAGCGUCACCAAUUGCUUAGAUUUUAUCCAUCUGUAUUUGAUACAUAAUGCUGAAACAAUAAAUGUAUUUUUAAGAAAUGUAA